UUAGUGGAAGAAAAUUCCUACAAUCCUGACCAAGCAUUUUCAUUUACUUUUUACAGGGACCAAUGUGAUGAAAUUAACCAUGAAAAUGGUUUUGAGCCUAGCAAUACUUCUGAUUUAAGAAAGAAAAAACAAGCGAGACGUCCAAUGUCUCCACAUAGUUCUGAUGGAGAGGAAUAUGUUGUAGGCUCUGUAGUUCAAGCUGGUUGUAUUAGUUUUCAGCCUCAUGUAAUUCUGGAUGCAGAACAUGGCAGUCAACAAGCAGAUGAGACACAGCCAGUACUCCUUGACGGGGAAAACAGCAUUAAGGAGCAAGAUAGGAAUAAUGAGAAUGAUAAUAAUCAGUGUUUUAAGGUUGAUGGUGCUGCUAUUUCUGAUGGGAUAUUGCCACUUCCAAAACUGGAAGUGAUAUCUUCACCUGUCGACAUAAAAAAGCCUUGUAAACACAUCAUACAUUUUGCAAUCCUUCCCCCUCUACGUCGUUUACCAGUGAAAGGUGACAUACUGGCAUAUCGCUAUGUCGAACCAUCAUCGUCGGUGUACCCUCAACUUUCGUCUCCUCAAGUUGGAGAAGUUUCAUCAUUUGACCACAAAACUCUUCAAAUUCUAUUGCUCCCGGUGUUAGAUUAUGUGCUCAUGUCGGAAGAGAAUUCACAUGGGAUCGGUGUUCAACCAAAUGCUUCUCGAUACAAAGAAGAUGGUUCGUUAGAGAUUGAGUAUUUGUCACUUGUUGAUGUCCGAAUGGUGAAAGCUCAUGGCCCAGAAGAAGAAGAAAAACCUUGUCAAGAUGAUCAAGCUAGGAAAGAUAAGUGGGAAGAAGCUUUGGUUAAGGGAAGCGGGAAUGAGCCUAAUGCUCCCACUGCAGAGCACGGAAAUAACUGGGCCCAGUGGAUUCCUAACAAGAGCGUCAAUGCAAUGCCUGGACCUUUCAAACAAUAUAAUCCUCCAUUUCCAGCAGGAAGGGGCAGAGGAAGGGCUAAUCGGGGUCCAUACAGAGGCAUGAACAAUAGGAUUCCAAACAUGAACAAUCGGGCUCCUAUUAGAAACAUUGCAGCUUGGAAUCCAAACAUGGGCAACGCCGGAUUCACUGCAAUUGAAGACGCCGAGACACUUAAUUGGUCAUACAGACCAUCAGGGUUGCCCUUUCCCUGGGAGCAUCAUUAAAACACUAUUUUUUUUUCCAGCUGGAAGCAGUGAGCCAUUUGUUCUUGAACCAUAGACCCUGGCUUUAAUGUUGGUUUUGUGAAUAGGAUAUGCUUCUUGGACAUGAGUUAUUGCAUGUAUGAAGUUGAAGAAGCUAAUGUUUUGUUCAAUUUUGGUACAUCUUAAUGAUGUGUAUUAUCACAAUGUGAUCUUAAUCAUGGUUUAAGUUUUAGUGAUUUAUGUUUGA